CGGGGGGAAGGGGCGGUGCCUGGGCAGCGCGGGGCCCGCGGCUGAGGGGAGCCGGGCUGGAGAGGCGGUGUGGCGGGCAGGCGGAGGGUCUCCGGGUAACUUAGAGGAGAAAAGCUUGAUGGUGCUUCUGGUUCCCUUGAAUAACCUCGAAGGUGAUUUGCAGUGACCAUGAAUAAUCAGUGAAGACAUACGGUGUUUUCUGGAAUAGUGAAUGUUCUCAUAAUGAAGAUCUUUCUUCUGCAGCAGCUGUAUAAGGAUGUACUGGUAGGCAUCCCACUUGCAAAGGAAAGCCAUCAUUAUACCUCCUUACUUAAUCUGUGCAUUGAGCAGUCACCAGAAAGAGAUGGAUCAGGUAAUCGGAUGCAUCUGCCAUCUACCGAUGGUGGUUUUAGGAGCCAUCAGGAUGCUGAUAUGCCAGAUGAAGCUAUUGCUGCAACAGAUGAUAUGUCAAAUAGCUUUGCAAACAUGAACUCCUCAUUCUGUCCACGAGAAGUGAUACUGCUUCAGUUAACCUUGAUCAAGAUGAUGGUUGCUAAAGCAGAGUCCCAGGAAAUUGAGCUCAGUACGAGAAAGAAGUACUGUGAAAUCUUUGUCCAUCUUCUGGAGGCAAAAAUUGACUCAAAAUUGAUUCAUUUGCUCAGUAGCUGUGAUCAGCUGUUGUCUCACAUGGCUUCCAAAACUUUAGCGUCUCUUGUGUAUUUCCAGCUGAAGGAAGAGAAUGCAUUAAAUGUCACCUGGCUCACCUUCAGCUUGAAGGCUCUUUCAGGAUUCCCUGUGAAUACCCAGGUAGCAGAGUGUCUAUGGACUCUUACAACUCUUAUCAAGGAGAUCCUGAGAGAUGAAGUUCCACUCAGAGCAGGUAUUUUAAAGAAGUUGUUGACUCCUCUUGAUGCUGUGCUUGAAGGAUUUUAUAACUCCGUCCUGUUACAUCAUUUUGACAGCCACCACUGUACUGCACCUGAUUCUGAAGCUGCAAACAAUUUGAUCAGUUUUAUAGAUCUGCUUGAAGCACUUUUGGCUUCCAGAAUUGAAUUAGAACUGCCGCUCAGAUGCCAAAGAGUAUUGUUUUUGAAAGUUUCUUGUGUCCUGAACAUCAUUAGCUCUUCAGUUCAUUACUUAAUCAAGAAGAAAUUCAUUAUGCUCCUUAAAAAAUGUGUCCUUUACAAGUCUAGAGAAGAUAUUAGAAGUGCAUCACCGUUCCUACAAAACCCAUCUUUCUCUGAGGAUAUGCUUGCACUGAGUACUGCGGUUCUGCAGAUUGUCGAUUUGACUUGGCUUGAUCAGAUCCCCCUCAGGGAAAAGGCCAGCUACUUUGGAGGCAGUGAAGUUGCUCCUGGAGAUGAUACUCAAGGUGGUUCUGACCAAACUGUUGUCAGAGCCUUAAGUCUGGUUGUGCUUAAAGCACUGGAAUUCAAGUUUCAGAGCUCUGCUACAAAAGCUGAAAUCAAAGGAGACUUUCAGAGUUCCAUGUCCCAGCUGUUGAUAUUCUGGAAGAGUCAUCUGAAGUCUUCCCCACAGUCUCACCCAGUUGUGCAUCACUGUGAAUGGCUCUCCUUGAUUUUCAUAGAGCAAGAUGAUGAUAUGUGGGAAGCAGCUAAAGCUUUAUUACUCAUUUAUUUAAAGUUUGAUAGGUUAUGGCAUGAUGACGCUGCUAAGUUAAGCCCAAAAGAGGAGGAAACCUGGAACUUCCUUACACAUGCAAGUGGAUAUAAUCCUCACUGUAUUUUUUUAUUUCUUCUAGAAAAAAUUGCAUUUGAUUCCUCAGUACUUCUAGAUUUUUUGAUUUCGUCAGAAACUUGCUUUCUGGAGUACUUGGUAAGGUACUUAAAGCUUCUAAGGAAAGACUGGCAUCAGUUUCUAGAUGUCUGUAAUCAUUUUGAUGCCAAACAUGUUGCUUUUCAAUCAGUUUCUUCUGUCAAGCCACCUCAUCUAGAAAAAGAAAGCUGUGUGACUGAUGAGAGUUUGCAGAAUGUUUGCUGUGAACCAGAAGCACAAACUCUGACAUCUUUGGCUUCUUCUCACAAUUCCGUAGUGUUUACAACAGAGCAAGGUGAUAAUGAAGUUGCAGAGGCUAACCAGUCCAACUCAUUGAUAGGCACUGAUAGCACAUUUCUGCUGGGUUCUCCUCAAAGCCUUGUCAAUUAUGACAGUUCAGGAGACUCUGAAUUAGAAUCAGAUGGAAAAGAGUGCUUAGUAAACACAAAGCAGGUGCCUGUAAAUAAUGAGGGUGAGACUGAGAUAAGGAAAACUGAUUGCAGCUACACAGAUGAUAAAUGGAAUACACUCAAGUCUGAACUGUUGCCUCUGGAACAAAAGAGAUAUCUCACCCUGUCCGGUUUGACUUGUGUGGCAUCUUCAGAUAACAUCAUUCCCCUAAGAAUAAUGCUUUACAAAUCAACAAAGUGUUUGGAAGAACUGCAGAAAGCUAUUUCUAGGUUGCAAAGAAGAAAUCUUUUCCCAUAUAAUCCAUCUGCAUUACUGAAGCUACUGAGUCAUAUUGAGAAGAUCAGUAAGAAUGUGAAUCAACAAUAAUCCAAAGAAGUCUUGCAGUGUUUGCUGGGUUGUUUUAUUUUAACUAGCACCUAUGGGAAUGUUGCCAUGAGAUUAAUGACUAAUGAAGCUCAUGCCUGUUGCACUUGUCAGUGUAUUUAACCUGAAACAGGAUAAACGUGUUUUUGGUUUGACACCUUAAAAAUCUGCAGUUCCAUCCAGUGUUCUGAUGACCCAUUACCUUAGAGUCCUAGGCUGAGUCGUGGUGUGUAUGGCGGUGUACAGUAGAUAAGGAUUAAUUUGAUUUAAGGAUUAAAUUGGUAAUAACCAAUGUGAAAGCAAAUCAACAAUAUGUGAUAUUUAAAGUAUUCUCAAUUAUACUUAAUGUCGUUCUCUAUAUGAAGUGAUUGCUGCAUUGGCAGUGAUUUGUGAAGUGUUAAUGCAACACUUGACUGCUUAGAGGGUGAAUUAAAUAAAACAUUUUAGUUGGGGACAGUUUUUACACCGUGUGUUCUGUAUUGGGGCUUUAUUUAAAGUGAACAUUCAGACGUGUUACCACAGUCACAAUAAUCCGUGCCACACUUCUCUUGGCUGAAGUGCUUAACUGAUAUCUAGGCUGUAGUUUUCUUUAGCUCUUCCUGUUUGCCCAAUUUGAUUGGCAGAAUUAUCAUUCUACUUAAAAUUUAAUUUAGUUUCUCCUAAUAUUUCAUGGUCUGUUAAUUAAAAGAAAAGGUUGAUGAGGGACUAAGGCAUGUGUUGCCUAUUUAUAGAACAUUUUAGUGGAGCAUUAUCUAAAAUCAAGCUUAAUUAAUGCCAAAGUGAAAUUCCAACA